GAAUUAUGCAAAACUUAUGGAAUAACAUAUGCUCAUCGAUCUGACCCGAAAUGGACAUUCGAAAACCCUAAGAGCAAGCGGCCAGGGCGAGAUGAGAAUCUCCUCUGCUAUCCAAGUAUGUGUGAAAGAGGACAGUCAGAUCAACUGUUUGUUGAAAGUGCACAGACCAGGCUGGUCAAACCGAAGCUCAGACUGUUUCUGCGGAGGAAAGCGCGCGCACACAUCGUGGCGAAGGAGGAAAGAGGACUGGUGUCUACUCAGCGUGCUGCAGCUUCCACUUGUGUAACAUUGCAGGCUCUGCAGCGUCACUCCGUUCUCCGGAAUCUAUAAAACUAGCCAAUCUCCUUCUCGCGCCCAACACUUUGCUUUUGGACCAUUCUUGUACCAUCAACCCCUAACUUUCUACAGCUGCGCGCACAAACCCUGGAACAAAGCCACACAGCCCUCCGAACAUGGCAACUGAUGGUGUGCAACAAGACAUUGAGUAUGUCAACGUCGAGGAUAUCUCCAGAUCUGAGGAAGACCAGAAGGUCUUACAGAACUAUCACCGCCUAUCCUCGCGGCGAGUAGAUCUCGUGGGCGAUUUUGCCGGCCAAGAAUUGUUUGCAAUCGAGGGCGACUCUCUCCUUCUGCAGUGCUUCGAGAACUCACUACUUGACUUUGAGGAUGGUUUCCAAUUGCUGCAUGCCGUAUACCUCGUGGAGGAAUACCUCGCACAACUCCAACGCCGUAACUGCAGAUUUCACGUCGCCUUUUUUGAGGCUCACAGUCAGCUCUGCAUUCCUCAGAGUGUCAAGUCCAUCGACCGAUCUAAAUACCUCCUCACAAGAGCCGCCAUAAUUCGCCACCUUCAGUCCAAUUUGCUAUCGGAAGACAUUCAGAUUCACUGCUUCACAGAUCUUCAUGACAAUGCAUUUGACGAGUAUUUACGCAAUUCUGCGGUCUACUUUUUGAUGUGCCACGAUGGAGCUCGCAGCCACACCACGCAAGACACAAACGUACCUGAUCCAAGAACUCAGUUGAGAUCGAUGAUUCUGCAUUUCAUCCUGUCCGGCUACAAUGUCGCGUUGAUCAAUGGUUCGGAGUUUGUCGACACAAAGAUCAUGGCUAUGGUGUUAGAAACCAAGAAACUCUCACACACACUGGAUCCGACCCUAGAUGCGAGCCCAAAGCAGUCCGCUGAUGUUUCGAAGUCCACCUCUUCUGCAGAUGUCAAGACUGUUGGAGCCCAUACGUCCGGUCUCACCGAGAGAGAACGCCUGACGGUCAUGACUCUAUCUCGCCUAUUCAAGGACUCAUCCGCAUCAAACAUGCAACAAUUUGCCCACAACGUUCUUGCACACACAGCGCUUCUUCAUGCCUUGCCUCUCUCUGCUCGUAGUCUGCAGCAUACCUCAGCUGUGAGCGAACACACGGAGCAUCUUUCUAGCUUCUGCAACCAGGCUGCCGAGAUCUUGAGCAGCUCAGGUUGGGUGCAAUACCACCAAGCCCUCGAGAGCAACGACUGUGAUGUCGCUGAUUCUUUCGAUGGCCGUCUGUUCAACGUUGUUGCCAAAGGUCUCGAUCUGUCAUCAUUACCCGAAUCAGCGCAGCAGAAACUUCAAAAGCUCGGCCAAUCACUGAAAGCCCUCUGUGACGUAUCUGUGAACGAAUCUGCUACAGGGAAGCCAGACAUCUCCUCUUUAGAAGCACCUUCCACCAGCCCCACUGGAAACAUGAACGUACUGCCCUUCUCCAACCCUGUGUUCGACCAGCAUUUAACAUCAAUCCGCCUUGGCAUCGACGACAAUGCCUCCGAAGAGACUAGCAGACCUUCGGCUCGCAUUUUCCAAGAAGUUUCUCACUGGCAUAACGCUAAGCGACCCAUUCAAUCGAAGAACACACCCGUUCUCUCCCCACGAGAUGAGCUACGUGCUCGCCGCAGAAACCAGAAAUACAUGGAUGAGAUGCAGAAGUACGCCGCAAGUUUGACCAACUCGGUAGGAAGAGCACUUGAGCCAGAAACACUUCUGGUCAAGUCAGCAGCCGCAUCCAAGGUGGCACAAAAAUCCGAGAACAAGAAGACAAACGCCGAGCCUGCCAAGGUCGAAAGCUCAAAGAAGGGCGGAAAUCCAAAGGGCGGUAAGAAGAACGUCAAAGUCAGUGGCAAGCAGGCCGCUCAAGAGGCCGCUGCUGCAUUCCAAGCCAAGAAGGCAGAAGCUUCCGACUCCAAGGUUAUGCAAGCAUGGCACAUUAUCCUCAAGAGUCUGUCUGCCGAGAGCGAUUUGCCAUCUCGUUACAUCAAAACCAAAGACUACUUCGCCAGCUUACCGAAAGACAAGAGAGAAGUUCUGGGUGCCGAAGUACAACUGUUCUGCCUCAGCACACUUGUUGAGAUCGCAAUUCAAUCGGGCAAGACCAACGACCAGGACCCUAACGGUAUCGUCGCUUUCAUUUGGCACACCGCCAGAAACCUCGUCCUCAGUGAUAACAUCACCAAGACGAUCUGUGAGAAGAUUAAGCUUACUGUAGACCUCUUUGGACUUCCUCCCGUCGACAUUCCUAAGCCGACCGAGGACAAAUCUCUGCCGUUCCGAUUCGCGCUUCCUCUGCAGAGCGCAGAGCUUGUGAAGAACAAAUUAUCGAGCAAGGCAUUCCAGCUUCUGCACUGCGGACCCUUCCUCGACCGCAGUAUGGAUGCUGCUCCCGACUCCAGGGUAGACUUCGAACCCGAUGGCUGGCAGAGAAAGGUUCUUGACGGCAUUGACGACAACAAGAGUCUGUUCGUGGUCGCACCCACUUCUGCUGGUAAGACUUUCAUCUCAUUCUACGCAAUGAGAAAGGUCAUCGAAGCCGACGAUGAGGGAGUUCUUGUCUACGUUGCGCCAACCAAGGCCUUGGUCAAUCAAAUCGCUGCCGAAAUUCAGGGCAGAUAUUCCAAGAAGUUCAAGUACCCAGGAAAGAGCGUCUGGGCCAUCCACACCAGAGAUCACCGCAUCAACAACGCAACUGGUUGCCAAGUACUCGUCACUGUUCCCCAUGUGCUCCAAAUUAUGCUCUUGGCCCCCUCCCACGCCAACUCAUGGGCAACAAGAGUCAAGCGUAUCAUUUUCGAUGAAGUCCAUUGUAUCGGACAAGCUCAAGACGGUGUUGUCUGGGAGCAGCUCCUGCUGCUUGCACCUUGCCCUAUCAUUGCGCUCUCUGCCACAGUUGGUAACCCUGAUGUCUUUAGUGACUGGCUGUCAACGACUGAAAAGGCAAUGGGCAUUGACUUCGAGAUGGUCAGACAUCCAUACAGAUACUCCGACCUGAGAAAGUUCUACUACCAGCCCCCGAAGAAGUUCUCGUUCGACGGUCUUGGCCAGAAGAAGGGCCUACCCACUCUUGGUCUAGAUGGAACUACUGGCUUCGAGUACCUUCACCCUGUCGCUUGUCUCAUCAACCGAUCGGCUGGAAUGCCAGAUGACCUUUCCUUCGAGCCGCGCGAUUGCUACACACUCUGGAAAGCUAUGAAGGAACAUUCGAACGACAAGUAUGGCCUUCCAGCUGAGCUGGACCCUACCACUGCUUUGCCUAACGUUAUUCGCAAACAAGACGUUCUCAAAUGGGAAGCCGGCUUGAAGAAGGUCUUAGCUGCGUGGAUGGAAGACACCGCCUCCCCUUUCAAUGCUGUAUUCGCCACACUCUCUGGCAAGCAGCCACAACAGGAGGAGCUGUACGCACCCACAGCCAAGCGCACAGGCCAACAGGAAGCUCAGGAUGUCGCAGACGACAACUUUUUGCCACUGCUUUGCCGACUCCACGAGCAGGAGGCAAUGCCAGCCAUUCUGUUCAACUACGACCGUACCAGAUGUGAGGAUAUCUGUGCUAAGAUUCACGACGACUUGAAGGAAGCCGAGGACCAGUGGAAAGCCACUGAUCCCAAGUGGAAGACCAAGGUCGCUCAAUGGGAAGCUUGGAAGAAGGAGCAAGAGAGAAAGGGUGCAAAGGCCAGCAAAGCCUCUAAGAGCAAGAAGCCCGCCGAGGAGGGCAUGACCAAAGCCGAUAUGCAACGUGACGCUGCUGACACUGACGCCAACGGCUUCGAAGGAUUUGAUCCCGCGGCUCCCCAAGACGGCUACCACUUUUGUAACUUCAAGGCCAUCCAGAUCUCUGAACUCGAAGACUACAUGAGGGAACUGGAGUGGAGACGCGUACCACAAUGGCUGAUCGUUGCCUUGACCAGAGGUAUCGCAGUCCAUCACUCCGGUAUGAACCGCAAGUACCGUCAAGUCGUUGAAAUUUUGUUCCGCAAGGGCUUCCUCAGAGUCGUUGUUGCAACCGGUACACUCGCUCUGGGUAUCAACAUGCCUUGUAAGACGGUUGUUUUCACUGGCGAAUCGGUCUUCUUGACUGCGCUUGAGUACCGUCAAUGCGCUGGUCGUGCUGGUCGUCGUGGUUUCGAUUUGCUCGGAAACGUUGUCUUCCAAAACAUGCAACAUGAAAAGGUGUUGAGGCUGAUGUCUUCGAGACUGCCUGAUCUCAAUGGCCAUUUCCCAGUCACAACCACCCUGGUCCUCCGUCUCUUCACUCUGCUUCACGGAUCGAACAACUCAAAGUACGCAGCCUCGUGCAUCAACUCACUGCUCUCUCAACCUCGCUUGUACAUGGGAGGUCCCUCAUUCAAGGACCAGACUUUGCAUCAUCUUCGUUUCUCCAUUGAGUACCUUCGUAGACAGCACCUGCUUGACUCGAAGGGUGCAACCUUGAACUUCGCUGGGCUCGUUUCUCAUCUGUACUUUACAGAGAACUCCAGUUUCGCAUUCCACGCACUGCUGAAGGAGGGCUAUUUGCACAGACUUUGUGCAGACAUCGACAACGAUGCAGAAAACGUGGUCAAUACCUUGAUGCUGGUCAUGUCCCAUCUGUUCGGUCGUGUGUACUGCCGCAAGUCUGACGCGGAGUACCGCGAGAAGGUGGUGAAGCCAUCCUCCUCUGUUGUAUUCUUGCCUCCCCUGCCGGAGGAAGCAGCCAAUGUUCUGAACGAGCAUGGUCAGCAAACUCUUGAUAUCUUCAGCACCUACGUUCGUACCUUUGUCGACCAGCAUGUGCAGAAGCCGGACGACGCUCUGCCUCUCACCGCUAGACAAGUCGGCUCUUCAUCUGCCGAAUUGGCUCCUGGACUGAAGGAAGUUUCGCUCCCGUCCACAAAAAUUCGUUCGCCCUUCGUCGCACUGUCUGGACACACAGACAACUUCAAAUCGAUCAGUGAGCUCUGUCGCUCUGUCAGAUCUGGCGUCUUCCUUGAGGAGUCCGCUAUUCCCCACGUAGCCAUCCUCUCCCAAGACCUCGACCAGCCUUUGAACGCUUACCUUGUUGACUUCUUCAAGCACGGUGAUGUCAAGACACUUGAGAAGGCUAACGGUAUUAGACGCGGUGAUGUUUGGUUCAUGCUCAACGACUUCUCCUUGGUCCUUGCUACAAUUAUCACUAGUCUGCUCAACUUCAUGAAGCUCAAGGUUGGAAGUGAUAUGGACUUCCUUGACACCAUGGGUGAGCUUGACACUCUUGAGGAGGCUGAAGAUGAGACGGUUGCUGUCAAAGAAGACGGAGAAGCUAUCCCAGCUCCCAGCGAAGCACCCAAGGCAGCUAUGGCCACAAUCACGAAGAAGAAGGCCAAGAAGGCUGAGAGUUGGGAGGAUAUGGCCGACGAGGAAGAGGUCAUCGAGAAGGACUACAAUGAGGCUGCCGCCAAGUUGGACGAAUUGAACUUCGACAGUGCUGCUUGGGAAGGCCAGGGCGGCGAGAAGGGACUGCUGAAGGUGCUCAAGUCUUUCCAGAGAUUGCACUCUGAGUUCAACCUCAAGUUCAAGGCCAUGUGGGCAUAGAUGAAAGGGAACUUCUGGUUCCUGUCGAUUGUAAAAAUAGAUCAAACACAGAUAGAUCGUACAUUUGCUGCAUUUUCCAUGACUG